AUGCUGACACCUGAUUGGACGGCGGCGUGACUCUUUAACGCAUGUGAGCAGCUGGCAAGCCGACUUCGUUUCACAUACGGACAGGUCAUCUGUGUAAUCGGACCUCGCCAGCUCCUAACUUCCUCUGUAUCUGAUAGUCAGGUGAACCAUGCCAUCAGUACCCUCUAGUUCAGAGUCCGUCGGGACGGGUCCCGUCUGCCCACACGCUGCCAAAGUGCUCACAAACGGAGAACCUGGCAUCAGCGGAGAUGCUGUUUUGAACGGAAAGGCUGCGCACAAGUUGAGCGUGAAUGAGACAAACGGUCACCAUGUGAAGAAUAUGAGUGUGGAGCACAUUGAGAACGGAUCAGAAGGCAGCAUGGAGAGGAAAUGGAUUCGACCAGAUUUGCCCAGCAGAUGCACCUGGAAACUUGGUGACCCAAAUACAGAGUCGCCCCACAAGCACUUCCAAAGAACAAAGACACCCAGUAUCCUUCCCAACAUUUUAAGCAGGAUUGGAGAGACCCCAAUGGUCCACAUGAACAAGAUACCUAAAGCUUUUGGCCUGAAGUGUGAGCUUUUGGCUAAAUGUGAGUUCUUCAAUGCCGGGGGCAGCGUGAAGGACAGAAUCAGUCUGCGUAUGGUAGAGGACGCUGAGAGAGACGGCAUCCUGAAACCUGGAGACACCAUCAUUGAGCCCACGUCAGGAAACACGGGGAUCGGUCUUGCUCUGGCUGCAGCGGUCAAAGGUUAUCGCUGCAUCAUUGUCAUGCCUGAGAAGAUGAGCAUGGAAAAGGUGGAUGUGCUCCGCGCUCUCGGUGCUGAAAUUGUUCGUACCCCUACCUCAGCCCGGUUUGACUCUCCGGAGUCUCACGUGGGGGUGGCUUGGCGCUUGAAGAACGAGAUCCCUAACGCUCACAUUCUGGACCAGUACCGCAAUCCCAGCAACCCCCUGGCCCACUACGACACCACAGCCGAGGAGAUUCUGGAGCAGUGUGAUGGUAAAAUAGACAUGCUGGUAGCUGGAGCUGGCACUGGAGGCACCAUCACUGGCAUCGCCCGCAAGCUGAAGGAGAAAUGCCCAAAUAUCAAGAUAGUUGGCGUGGAUCCCGAGGGCUCUAUCCUGGCUGAGCCAGAGGAGCUGAAUAAGACUGAUAAGACUCAAUAUGAGGUUGAGGGCAUCGGAUAUGACUUCAUCCCCACUGUUCUGGACAGAUCUGUGGUGGAUAGUUGGUACAAGUCCAACGAUGAGGAGUCCUUUGCCAUGUCUCGGAUGCUCAUCAGAGAGGAGGGUCUUCUGUGCGGCGGUAGUUCAGGCACAGCCAUGGCUGCAGCGGUGCAUGUAGCCAAAGAGCUGAAGGAAGGCCAGCGCUGUGUGGUGAUCCUCCCCGACUCCAUCCGCAACUACAUGUCUAAGUUUCUCAGUGACAAGUGGAUGUGUGAAAAGGGCUUCCUGAGUGCGGAGGACCUAGUUGUCAACAAACCAUGGUGGUGGAAUCUGACUCUACAGGAGCUCCGGCUCUCCGCCCCACUGACUGUGCUGCCUUUAGUGUCCAUUAAAAAGACCAUUCAGAUCCUGAAAGAGAAGGCUUUCGACCAAGCCCCAGUGGUGGACGAGGCCGGGCAGAUUCUGGGCAUGGUCACGUUGGGGAACAUGCUCUCAUCCGUUCUGGCUGGGAAGGUCAGGCCAUCCGAUCCCAUAAAAAAAGUUCUCUACAAACAGUUUAAACAGGUGCGCCUAACUGAUAACCUGGGCAAACUCUCACGUAUCCUUGAGACGGACCAUUUCGCCCUCGUUGUGCACGAACAGAUUCAGUACAUGAGCGACGGCUCUCCAAAGAUGAGGCAGAUGGUGUUUGGGGUGGUGACGGCCAUCGAUCUGCUGAACUACGUGGCCACUCGUGAGAGGAGGGAACGCUCGCUGUCCGAGUGCUCGCUGUCAGAAGAGCAGUGAACAGACAGGACCUGAAAUCACCACGCUGGGGUGUCCUUUCUUUUUCCACAUCAUUUAUGACUUUAUUUCUCUGCAAGUGGUAUGCUCCAUGUCAAUGAAGAGUUAUGCUUUUAUAAGAGCCAGUCAAUAUAGAUUUACUGCAUGUUCUUGUUUAAUCUCAUUGUUUUACAUUUUAGCUUUGUUAGCCGGUCAGCACAAUGAUAUAACAUCACAGGUCAGUCAGUCAGCAUUUGGAGGGUUGUUCACUUCGCAGAUUUGAUUUUAUUAGGGUGUAUAUAUUUAAAUGAAUGUAUUUUAUUCUUUGGAAAACUGUAUGCGAUUUGGUUUGGUUUAGUUUAGGUGCUGGAUUCAGGGUGCUCUCUUGUCUAAGCUACAACUACAUCGCCCCCUAGUGACUGCAGUAGUUUACCACAGCCUUGGGAACUUUCUUCAGUCGUGCUCUGCUUCAUGGCACAAUGAUCUCUGGAGCAUGAGAGGAGUUUUGCAGACGUGACUGACGGUAAUUGACAAAGCAAAUAUUAAGUGUGUUUUGUAAAGCACACUGCACCCGGACGGGGUGACUUGGCAUUCUCUUGUAUUGAUUACAAGACCUGAUAUAUGAGUGUAAAUACAUAAUGGUGGUUUGGACUUGCUUUAAACACAUCACUCUGUGUUAAGCAAAUUUGAUCGUUCAUUUUUUUUAUGUUCAUUUCAUCUGACUUCUUGUAAAUCAAAACUGUAACUAAUGGAGACUGAGUAAGAUUGUUUGUGUGUAUAUACGUUCAGUUAAUGUGAAGUAAAUGACUGUGCAUUGGUUUGCACUUAGAUUAAGGUUUCUGUGCAUGAAGCUGGAGCCUCUGGCUCAGAAUGUCUGUUUGUCAGUUGAUUUGCUUUUUGCUUUUUCUUCAGUCUUAUUUCUGUAAGAAGUUUUAAAUAAAGGCUUUUUUUUCGGAA